AAACCAAAUAAAAAAGAUCCAAAGAAAUGGGCCUCCAUUUCCGGGCCUCAAUCCUUAUAACAACUCUCGCCAUGCUUCUUCUCUCUUCCUCCCUCUCUCCUCUCUCUCGUUCCCUUCCUCUCCUCCGCUCCGGCGCCGGCGCCGCCCCACCUCGCCUCCGACGAUCCUAUCCUUGCCCUCUCUGGUCGUCGUCCUUCUCGUUCUGCCUUUCUCGACUUCCUAAAUCCACCACCACACCCUUAUCCGCCGUCCCCUUUUGCUCUUCUUCUAUGGCCUCUGCCGCAACCGCUGAUGAUGGUUUUGGAUCGAAUCCUCUCCUGAAGGACUUCGAUUUCCCCCCUUUUCACGCCGUUGAGCCCCAGCAUGUCCGGCCUGGCAUCCGCGAGUUGCUUAGGAGACUCGAGGGGGAUCUGGAGGAGCUUGAGAGGAACGUUGAGCCGACGUGGCCGAUGCUGGUUGAGCCGCUGGAGAAGAUUGUGGAUCGGUUGCAGGUUGUUUGGGGGAUUGUUAACCAUCUCAAGUCCGUCAAGGACUCGCCUGAUCUUCGUACUGCCAUUGAAGAAGUCCAGCCCGAUAAGGUUAAAUUCCAACUCAGGUUGGGGCAAAGCAAGGCCAUUUACAGUGCUUUCAAGGCAAUACAAGAUUCAUCUUCCUUCCAGACUUUGACCGAGGCCCAGAAGCGUAUUGUUGAAGCUCAGAUAAAGGAAGCUGUUCUUAAUGGUGUUGCUCUUGAAGAUGAAAAGCGGGAGAAGUUCAAUGAAAUUGAACAGGAGCUAGAGAGAUUGUCCCAAAAGUUCAGUGAAAAUGUAUUGGAUGCCACCAAGAAGUAUGAAAAGUUAAUCAAUGAUAAAAAAGAGAUUGCAGGGUUACCCCCUACAGCACUUGCCUUGGCUGCACAAGCAGCUGUAUCCAAGGGUCAUGAAAAUGCUACUGCUGAAAAUGGCCCGUGGGUCGUUACGCUGGAUGCUCCAAGUUACCUUUCUAUUAUGCAACACGCGUGCAACCGGUCAUUGCGAGAAGAAGUUUAUCGUGCUUAUAUUUCACGCGCCUCUAGUGGGGGCCUUGAUAAUACUCCAAUUAUUGAGCAGAUAUUAAAGCUUAGAUUGGAGAAGGCGAGGCUUCUUGGCUAUAAUAACUAUGCUGAGGUGAGUAUGGCAAUGAAAAUGGCUACAGUUGAACGAGCAGUGGAGCUCCUUGAAAAGCUACGGAAUGCUUCUUGGGAUGCUGCAGUUAAAGAUAUUGAAGACUUGAAGGCUUUUGCUAAAGAGAAAAAAGCUGAAGAAGCCAAUGAAUUGACACAUUGGGACAUUACCUUUUGGAGUGAAAGGCUUCGGGAGUCGAAGUAUGACAUUAAUGAGGAGGAGUUGCGGCCAUAUUUCUCAUUACCAAAAGUUAUGGAUGGCCUUUUUAGUCUUGCCAAGAUGCUUUUUGAUGUCAUUGUAGAACCAGCUGAUGGCCUAGCACCUGUGUGGAAUAAUGAUGUAAGAUUUUAUUGCGUAAAAGAUUCUUCAGGCAACCCAGUUGCCUACUUCUAUUUUGAUCCGUAUGCUAGGCCUUCUGAAAAACGUGAUGGGGCUUGGAUGGAUGAGGUACUUUCCCGUAGCCGUCUUCUUGCUCGCAAUGGUGUGCCAGUUAGGUUGCCUGUUGCCCACAUGGUGUGCAAUCAGACGCCUCCACUUGGUGGCAAGCCCAGCCUCAUGACAUUUCGGGAGGUUGAGACAGUUUUCCAUGAAUUUGGCCAUGCUCUUCAACAUAUGCUCACCAAACAAGAUGAAGGUUUAGUUGCUGGAAUUCGUGGUGUAGAAUGGGAUGCAGUUGAACUACCUUCACAGUUCAUGGAGAACUGGUGUUAUCAUAGGGAUACUCUAAUGGGCAUUGCAAAGCAUUAUGAAACCGAAGAACCUCUUCCUGAAGAAGUGUAUUUGAGACUUCUUGCUGCAAGGACAUUCCGUGCUGGUUCCUUAAGUCUUCGUCAGCUACGAUUUGGCUGCCUAGAUUUGGAGUUGCAUACGAAGUACACCCCAGGUGGACCUGAAUCUAUUUAUGACAUUGAUCAAAGAGUUGGAAGACAAACACAAGUUAUUCCUCCUCUACCUGAAGACCGAUUCCUUUGCAGUUUUAGCCAUAUUUUUGCAGGUGGAUAUGCAGCUGGCUACUAUAGUUACAAGUGGGCUGAAGUGUUGUCAGCUGAUGCCUUCUCAGCAUUUGAGGACGCUGGCUUGGAAAAUGAUAAGGCUGUCAAGGAGACCGGUCACAGGUUUCGCGAAACAAUUCUUGCUCUCGGUGGUGGCAAGUCUCCGCUCGAGGUUUUCAUUGAAUUUCGCGGUCGUGAACCAUCUCCUGAAGCUCUGCUCCGGCACAACGGCCUGUUGUCAGUUCCUGCCUCUGCUUGAUCUAUUGCAAUAUCUUCAUCCAUUACAAGGGUUUCUUGAACAUGUACUUCUUUGUUCUCAUUUCCUCAAAAUUAUAUUAAAAAUUCUUAGGUUUCCCUUUCUAAUGUGAGAAGAAAAUAAUAAAAGAUAUUUCCAGGGUGUUCACUUUCAUCAGAUAGCUUGUGGAAUGCCAUUCUAAGCGCUGUGUUGUUAGAAUUUCAUUUCCGUGCCAACUUAUGUUAAAUUCAAUGGGAAUUUUAUUUUAUUUUA